CAUAGAUAAAACACUACUAGUACAAUGCUUCGUCUUGCCGUCCUCGCCAUCUGCGUUGUCGGCUAUACACAAGCCUACCAGAACGACUGGGACGGUCCCCAUAACUUCCAGUGCAGGCACGGGGAGUACGUCACUUCCGUCCACAGCGUCCAUGACAACCGUCGCGAAGACCGACGCUGGCAGCUUGGUUGUGGGGGCAAUGAAGCCAGUGGGAGCUGUAGAUGGAGCGUUUACGCCAACUCCUGGGAUGGUCCCCUUCACCACCUCUGCCCUCACAACAUGGUGGUCGCUGGCGUGAGCAGUUACCAUAACAACCGUAAGGAGGACAGGCUCUUUAAGUUCCGGUGCUGCGCUCUUGCAGGGAAAACCAUCACAAACUGCUACCUCACAAAUUGGGUGAACUACUGGGAUGCACCCAUGAACUUCCAGGUCCCGCCAGGCAGAGCGAUCACUGGUGCCCACAGCGUCCAUGACAACCGCAGGGAGGAUCGCCGAUGGAAGUUCAACGUGUGUGACAUCCAGUAAUAAACAACUCCCUCCAUGACAUCUCGGCUGUUCCAUCAAUGAACAACUUCCCCCUUGACAUCUCGGCUGUUCCAUCAAUGAACAACUUCCCCCAUGACAUCUCGGCUGUUCCAUCAAUGAACAACUUCCCCCAUGACAUCUCGGCUGUUCCAUCAAUG